AUGUCAGCGGAAUCAGCAAACGCGUCUGUUGGUGCACCAUCGACUGCACCGAACAUCAGUUCAGCACGGCUACAAACCAUCAUCGCGGGCCUAUGGUUCUGUCUGUUCAUCUCAGCUUUGGACACCACUAUCGUGACAACAGCUCUCACCAAGAUCUCCAGCGGUUUCAGUGCAUUGGAACAGGCAGCAUGGCUGGUCACCACCUAUCUCCUAACGUACAACAGCUUUCUGAUGAUCACAGCAAAGCUCAGUGAUGUGUGGGGACUCAAGAAUGUCUUGCUGAUAUGCGGGGCUAUCUUCCUGAUCUUCUCCAUGGCAUGCGGAGCAGCUCAAACAAUGACACAGUUGGUCGUCUUUCGUGCAUUCCAAGGUAUUGGUGGCUCUGGUCUCUAUUCGCUCACCUUCGUCUCGAUCUUGAAGCUCAUUGUCCCGGAGAAGAUUGGCUUCUACUCAGGUGUCGUCAGCUCUGUGUUCACCAUGUCUAAUCUCCUAGGACCACUUCUUGGUGGGAUCAUCGCAGAUCGAUCGACGUGGCGAUGGAUCUUCUUCAUGAACGGGCCUAUAUGCGCCGUGGCAAUGACAUUGAUCUACUUCUCCAUGCCCACCCAGAAAGAUGGGAAAUCUAAUGCUGAGCGCAUCCGCGGUCUCGACAGUAUCGGCGGCAUACUCUCCAUUUGCUGGCCAAUACCGCUGAUCUUCGCAUUGCAAGAAGCUGGUGUAUCGCACCCUUGGAGCAGCGGAGUCAUCAUCGGUACCCUCAUUGCUGGCAUUGUGUUAUUCUUUCUCUUUGGCUUCUAUGAAGCAUGGAUUACGUACCGUACCAAAGUAGAUCCCAUUUUCCCUAUUCGGUUUCUGCGCAACCCAUCCAUGGCUCUCAUCCUCUUGAGCAUGUUCCUCCUCGGCAUGCCUUUCUACGCGAUCUUCGUCCAGCUUCCGCAACGCUUUCAGACAGUCAAUUUUACCACCGCCGAGCGCGCCGGUGUCCUUCUCCUCCCCUGCACCCUCAUCUCACCCGUCGGCGCCAUGGCCGCUGGCCUCGCCGCCAAGAAGAUCGCAACUGAGUACAUCCUCAUCUUGUCUGCGGCUAUCGUGUGCGUCGGCACCGGUCUCAUGGGCAGUCUCCCUACACAUUCGCAUCUCUGGACUGGCAUCUACGGUUACGAAGUCAUCAUUGGCUUGGGUUUGGGCCUAGCAAGUCCUCCGUACUUCAUGUUGCUAGCUACCUCAAUCGCGGAGAAGGACAUUUCCGUUGGUACAGGUGCGUUGAACAUGAUGCGUACGCUAGGUGGAUGUGUUGCAGUGGCUAUCUGCACGGCUGUGCAUCGCGAGUACACCGCCGAUAGACUUACCGCAUACCUCUCGCCACAGCAGAUCGCUGAUGUGCAGACCUCGAGUGCUGCGCUUGCGCCCAUGCCUGAAAUUUUAAAGAACGAGGUCGCGGGGGUCUUUGGUGGGAGCUACAAUCGCCAGUUCUUGAUUAUAUUGGCAUUCACGGUGUUGAACUUACUGAUCACGGUGCUGUUAGCAGUUGUUAGGAAGAAGAAGGGUGUAUUUGGAAAGCUGGCAGAGCGAACAGAAGAAAACGAGUUUUUCAAGGCAGCCGAGAAGGCCAGCGAUGAAGAGAAAAUACCAGCAAGUAAGAGCGAGAACACGGUUGAAGCUGCGCAUUUGACCAACGACUCGGACGAGAUUUUAGCCAUGCCCGUGGAGCCCAAGGAGGGUAAAUUUUGA